AACUAUCAUAAUUUUGCAAAUGCAAAAUGUUUUCCAAUGAGGGGGGUAAGUCCAAAUAUUAUUAUAGAUUGUGACAAAGAUUCAAUCGUUACUUUCAAAAGCAUCUUAAAUAACUAUAGAUACUCUUACCAAACCAUCUAUGACGAUGGCCACAAUUUUUUCUAUCCUCAUCUAUUCAAAAGCAGAUUAUAUGAUCAGUCAUUCAAUGGUGGUGAAGUUAUUCGUUUUCAACCAGAAAUUUCAUUUUUCAACGAGUUUAUCCCAAAUCAAGGAGGUGAUAUGUUUGUAAGAGGUUGUUUUUUAUUUGAUUAUGAAAUGAAAACCAAACCUUUAGAAAUUUUUUAUGGUGAUAUAGCAACCUAUAGAAUGUUAAAUGACACUAUUGUAUAUCCAAAGUAUUAUGGAAGGGAUAUAUAUUCAAUCUAUAUAAAUCCAGGUUGCAAUGCUUUUAUCAAAGUAAUAGACCCUAGAACCAAUAAAAUUUUAACUGAAACAAACUAUUUAAAU